CGCGGUUUUUGUCCUCUGAUGAAAUCUCUCUCUCUCUCUCUCUCUCUCUACCUCACCUUUGAAGGUUUCAACCUUCCUUAUCGAGUUAUUGUGAAUCUUCUUGGCAGUUGGCAUUGAAAAAAAAAAUAGCUUUUUUCUUCUUUAGAUUGACAACCCAUAACCAUCACUAUUUGCUUCUCUCUUGAUCUAAUAUUUUCUCACCUCUCUCUCCUUUUUUUACCUUCUUCACUCCUUAAUUUAUUUGCUUCUAAAGAAAAGAGAGAGAAAGAUUGAAUCUUUCUUUCUUUUUUUAUUUCUCUCUCUCAAAGCACACCAACCCUUUAUCUGUUUUUGUAUAAAUUCUUCAUUUGGAUCCUUUAUUUCACUGCUUCAGCACCAAAAUCCAUCUGGGGUCUUUUAUCUUCUUGUCUAAGAACUUAAAUUUUGAUUCUUUAUAAGAAAUAAAGGAUUGGGUUUUGGAAGAAGAUGAUGAUGAUGACGAUGGAAGGGAUGAUGGAUAAGGCAGUAUUGGAUGAUAUAAUAAGGAGGUUGUUAGAAGGGAAAGGAGGAAAGCAAGUGCAGUUAUCUGAAGGAGAGAUCCGUCAAUUAUGUGUUAAUGCUCGCCAAAUCUUCCUUUCUCAGCCUAUUCUCCUCGAGAUUAAAGCUCCCAUUCGCAUCUGUGGUGACAUACAUGGGCAAUAUCAAGACCUCCUGAGGCUGUUUGAAUAUGGUGGCUACCCUCCUUCAGCAAACUAUCUCUUCCUUGGGGAUUAUGUUGAUAGAGGGAGGCAAAGUUUGGAGACCAUAUGUCUGCUUCUGGCCUACAAAAUCAGAUAUCCCGACAAAAUUUACCUCUUGAGAGGUAACCAUGAGGAUGCGAAGAUCAACAGGAUAUAUGGGUUUUAUGACGAGUGUAAACGGAGAUUUAAUGUUAGGCUAUGGAAAAUAUUUACCGACUGCUUCAAUUGUUUGCCUGUUGCCGCACUGAUUGAUGAGAAGAUACUUUGCAUGCACGGAGGCCUCUCUCCAGAGUUGGAACAUUUGGGUCAGAUAAAGGAAAUUCAAAGACCUACUGAAAUCCCUGAUUGUGGUCUCCUUUGUGAUCUGCUUUGGUCUGAUCCUGAUGCUAGGGUUGAGGGUUGGGCUGAUAGUGAUCGAGGUGUUUCAUGUACCUUUGGACCUGAUAAAGUUGCUGAGUUUUUGAAUAAAAACGACUUGGAUCUCAUUUGCCGAGGUCAUCAGGUGGUGGAGGAUGGAUACGAGUUUUUUUCCAAACGAAGAUUAGUAACAAUAUUCUCAGCUCCAAACUAUGGUGGGGAGUUUGACAAUGCAGGUGCUCUCCUAAGUGUUGAUGAAUCUUUAGUGUGUUCCUUUGAGAUAUUAAAGCCAAUUCUACCAGCAAGCAGUUCAAAGUUGACCCUUAAGAAGCCUCCUAAAGCCAGAAAGAUCUAGUAAGGGAAAAGGGCAUUCAGGGAUCUCUUCCUGUUUCAAAUAGGAGAUUGACCUAACUCGGUUCGAGCAGUGAUUUGAAUAUCUAUCACAAUGUGGGUUUAUCAUCAGAAAGAAUCCUUUUUGUCUUGAUAAAAUGUUACCCAAUUCAAUUUGCAAUGCUGCAAAUUGUUAGAAAAAUCUGCAAAAACAGCAGCACAUGCUAUGUUAUGUGCAGGAACACAAGUUCUUAUGUCAGAUGCUCUUUGAGAACUUCCUGUUCUGGUCAAUCAGUAUAUAUGCUGUUUGUAAGUAGUGACUGAGAAUAGGUGUGAUUUUUGUUGAGAUGUUUGUGCAAGUUUAAUCUUAUGGUUUGCUCAGGGAGACCCCUUGUUCAUCUAAUGGCAAUCAAAAUAGGCCCAUUUCUGGCAACUUGACCGUACCAGAAAUAGCCCUAUUAGCAACCGAAA